CUCCGCUCCCUCCACUCGUCUCCAUCCCAAAAUUUCCCCCGAAACUCAAAUCUUUUCAUCCCUCUCGCUCUCAUUCCCUCCUACCUCCGCUACAACUACAAGUACCCAUGGCAGAUCUUCCCAGUCCCAUCACAAGCUGCAACCCAGCCACCUCGCCGCCUAGCGCAGCACCAGCACCAGCACCGAGCCGGCCGGAUUCCGAGAGCGGCAGGUGGCUCUUAUCUUCUCCGAGAUGGCAGUUGACCGCGCCGACAAGGAGAAUCUGCCGCCGCCGACCGCCGCCGUCGCCCGUCCUCAUGGCGUAGUAGCCGUCAGGAGCUGCAAGCUGAAGCGGCUAGGGAGGGCGCGGAGGCGGGUGCCGCUCAGGGACAUCACCAACCUCUUCGUUGCCGAGUCCGCGGUUGCCGACUGGACGCAGGCCCUUCCCCAGCAGCCGCACGAGGGGUCGGCGGCGGCGGAGCUGGCCGUGAAGAACUGGUCUGCCGGUGGUCCGGUGCUGAAGCCUGGCAGAUACUUGCUCCGGAAGGAGUUUAGAUAGUUACAGAUUGUAUAUGGAUUAUACUUCUCAUCUCAUUGUUCAAUGAUUCGUUGGACAAGAUUUGCUUGGAUUGAUUAUAGGAAAUGAGCUGCGGAAAGAAAAGAAAUUAUAGGAAAUAUAUAUGUCAAACUGGAUUCUUAUCGAUUGAACGCCUGUCAUUCUGAAUCGGAAUAUGGAGCUCUCAAGUAACAUGUUUUGAGAAAUUAUAUUUGGACUUGA